GACUUUUGUAGCUUCAGUUGUCGAGAAAUUCAGGAAAAUGUAUCGGCUCUUUGUGACGGUAAUCACGGUAAUCAACUUCGCGUCAAUCAACGCGGAGUUGCAUAGAAUUCCGUUACACAAGACAUACUCUGUUGAAAAAUUUUCGACGGAAACUGUGAUACCACUCCGUUCGGGACGUUCAGGUACGGCAAACGUAUCUCUGAUUAAUUAUCUGAAUAUUCAAUACUGCGGUACUAUCGAAAUUGGAACUCCACCGCAGACAUUUAAAAUACUUUUCGACACUGGUUGCUCAGAUCUCUGGGUACCAUCCAAAAACUGCAAUGUCAGCCAACCUGCUUGCUUGAAACAUAAUAAAUAUGAUAGUACACAGUCCACCACAUAUAUACCACUAAAUUAUUCAUUAUUUUAUAAAGACGAUGCCGGUGUGUAUGGGUUUUUAGUUAAUGAUGAUGUAAUCAUUGCUGGCCUUAAUGUUUCAUUCCACACAUUCGGAGAGAUAACCAAUUUCGCGACAAACUUUUGGGACUAUGCAGAAUGCGACGGCGUUCUGGGUAUGGGUUAUAAAGACUUAUCCCAUUUUAAUACGCCUAGCGUCUUUCAAAGCUUGAUUGAUGAACAAAUGGUGUCCCGAAAAAUUUUUAGCUUUUAUCUAAAUCGAAAUCUCUCGGACGUGAUCGGCGGUGAACUGAUAUUGGGUGGUUCUGAUCCCGCUUAUUAUGACGGCGACUUUACGUAUGUUAAUGUUACCCACAUAGAAUACUGGGAAUUUAAAAUAGAUAAGAUUCAAGUAAAAAAUUACACCUCUUGCUCGGAAGGCUGUCAAGCUGUCGUCGACACGGGCGCUUCUAUGAUAGGUGGACCACCGCAGACUAUCGCAGCUCUUAACAGAGAGAUCGGUGUUAAUAAUGGAACAGUGCAAUGCGACGAUGAUUAUAUUUCUAAAUUGCCCGAUAUCAAUUUCGUCAUGGGUGGUAAGACGUUUCGACUCACUGGUCAAGAUUAUAUCUUGAAGCUCGGCGCUGAAUUAGGAGGUAAUUGCAUUCCCGGCUUCCAAGCUGUUACUCAGUUGGAUGGUUUAGAUUGGAUUUUGGGCCAUGUAUUUAUUGGUCGGUACUAUACAGAGUUUGACAUGGAGAACGACCGAGUGGGAUUCGCCCUUGCAAGAAAUUAAAUCUUGAUUGCCUUCUCAUGAAGUUAUCAUUAAAUAUUAGAAAAUCUAAAUGACAUUACUAAACAAAUAAGUCAUAAUUUUUUUAGAAUAUCGACUGACAUAUAAUCUGUAAUUUUAUUUGGACUAUUAUAUGGUAUAUUUUUAAAUUAAUACGUAUGUAAGAAUUAG